AUGAUGUCUGAGGACAUUUCUCAGAGGCUUGCCCUCAGAACUGUCAACCUGGAGGUUCAGGAAAGCCUCAGAAAAGCACAAACAUUCCUUUCUACAGAAUUCCCAGGUAACACAGACAACAUGGCAGCCAAAGCUUCGAUUGCUCUGAAGUUGUGCCUGAUGAUCACUUAUCUGAUUUUAGAGGAGCUCAGUGCAGACGAUCUGAGGAACAUGGGGAAGUUCAUUAAAUACUACGAGACUCUGUCAUAUGACAGAGAUUCCUUACUACACCAGCAUCAGAGGGUAAAACGGCAUCUUCACCCGCAAAAGCAGGUGCUGAAGUUGGACUUUGAAGCUUUCCACAGGGCCUUCCAUUUACGACUCAAGCAAGACUUUGAUGGGUUUACAGAUGAUUUCAAGGUCCGAUCUGGAAAUGAGUCACGGACCGGAGAUCUUUCUCACAUUUACUCAGGAGUUCUGGAAGAUGAGAAUGGCUCCUCCUGUCAGGGCUCCAUCCUGGACGGCCAGUUUGAAGGCUCUAUCAAAACCCCCAAUGGCACCUUUUAUGUGGAAUCAGCAGAUAAAUACACCAACAAACACUCAGAUCAUCACUCCGUUAUCUACCACGAAGACGAUGUUGACGACUCUGUCCUGGGAGGUGGUGGCCAUGCCGGGUUCUGCGGUGCUGCCCGACUGCAAAGCCUCAUUCAAAGCCUCAGACCGGAAGGACCGGUGUCCAGGUCAAAGAGGACAGUGGACCAGACCAAAACCACCUGCCUCCUACAUCUGCAUGCAGACCACUUUUUUUAUCAGAGGUUUGGCAGCGUUGCGGCUGUUGUUGCCCAGGUUGCUUCUUAUUUGAAAGCAGUAAAUGACAUUUUUGACAAGGCAGACUUUGAUGGGAUUGAUCUGGUCAAUUUCAAGGUGAAAUCGAUGAGUGUUGCCUCAGAAGAAGAUGAGCGUGACCCUCUUCAGGAGACCUACAUUGGCCCUGAGAAGCUGCUGAGUCUUUAUUCAGAGACAAACUGGGGCAACUACUGCCUGUCCUACUUGCUGACCAACCGAGACUUUAGUGGAGUUCUGGGUCUGGCCUGGGAGGGAAAGGCAGAUGACUGGGGAGGGAUCUGCUCUAAGAAUCUGCAGCUACAAGAUGGACGUACGUCCAGCCUGAACACCGGCUUGAUCACCCUGAAGAACUUUGGCUACUACCUCCCGCUCAAGUUCAUCCAGCUUACCUUGGCUCAUGAAUUCGCCCACAGUCUAGGAGCUCCUCAUGAUGAGGGCUUGGACUGUGGGGGGCUGGAAGUCACCAAAGGGAAAGGAAGAUUCCUGAUGUUCCCACAAGCCACAGACAAGAUCCUGGAGAACAGUGAUAGGUUCUCGCCCUGCAGCCUUCGCCGUAUCAGCCGCCUGCUGAAGAUCAAGAAGGACAAAUGCUUUGUGGUCAGCGAUCAGCCCAUCUGUGGAAACCAGAUUUUGGAGGUAGGAGAGGAAUGUGAUGUGGGUCAUAAUGAAAGCGAUCCAUGCUGCUACAGUUCGAGGGGGCCAGUAGGACAUCAGUGUCACCUGAAGCCCAAUAAGCAAUGCAGUCCUAGUCAGGGUCUGUGCUGUAGCUCCAGCUGUGAGUUUAGGAACCCAGGACUCACCUGUGAGGAAGACUCCGAGUGUCGGACGAAGAGCGAGUGCACAGGGUUCUCAGCUUCCUGCCCCAAGCCUGCUGCCAAACCAAACAUGACACUGUGCAGCCUGGGUACCCGUGUUUGUCUGAAUGGGGAAUGCAGCCGGUCGCUGUGUUUGAUAUAUGACUUGGAGCAGUGUGACUGUCCAGGAGAGAACAAGAAGGAAAAGUGCCACAUGUGCUGCCAGCAGAAGGGUAAUCCGAACACCUGUGCGAGCACCACUUCCUCCGUCCUCUCGAUGCACUUUAAAGGAAAGCAGGUGGCGCUGGUGCCCGGAUCACCCUGCUCUAAAAACCAGGGCUACUGCGACCACUUCCAGACCUGCCGAUUGGUGGAUGCAGAUGGGCCAAUUGCCAGGCUGAAAAAUUCUUUCCUGCAUCUGGAUGAAUUUGAAGACUUGGCGGACUGGAUGAAGGCACAGUGGUGGGUGAUAUUGCUAGCCAUUCUCGGCAUCUCAGCAGUGAUGGCCGGCACUGUCUGUCUGUUUGGACAUACCCUGGAGAGUGAUGACACCUAAUCAUAAGCAGGUUAGCUUUGAACGGGACAUUACUACUGUUUGAGUAUUUCAGAUUCCCGGCAUAGUUGGACUGACAGCCCAGAAUAAAGUGUGGGUCUUGGUGGAGGCAUCUCGACGGGUUCCCCUUUUUAAACACAUCUGUUUAAACAUCAUUUAGGUUUUCUUGGACUCCUUCGCCUCUGAGAUUCACCCCAUUUGUCCUCAGUAAGCUGUUUGAACUUCACGGCUAAUUUGAGCCAACAUUUCAAUGCUCCUUUAGUAACUCAUUCAGUACUGCCAUGAGUGUAAGUGACACAAUUAUAACCCUUUUAUUUAAUAUCCAAACCAACCAGAUAAACUAUACACGUAUUCUGAGUUUUAUACACAGUGUCAUAUUGAUGAUGGUAGCUAAAGUAGUGACUUUAAAAAGAAUCUGACAAACCUGAAAAAACUGAUUUGGAAACCAGUGAACCAGCACAGAGUCAUGGACUUUCAAGGGUCAGUAAUGUUCAAUGAGGGCUUACCUCACACCUUACAAUGUUAGCCUUGGUGUCAGAUAGACUACCACUGUAAACUUUCAAAAGGUCUUGAGAAGUCCAUUCCUUAAAGGAUCAGGGCUGUUUUAGUGGCACAAAGGAGACCCACACAAUAUUAUGUGUAGAUAUUGGUUUUAAUGUUAUGGCUGUAUUCCAUGGAUUAUUUUUUGUACAAUCACAAGACACAUUUCAGUAUAUACUCUGCAGUCUAUACUCUGCGUUUGAUUGUCCAAAGAACUUUUACAGGGGGAAAAAUGUUGUAAAAUUUAUUCUGACCAUAAAAAGGGGAAAAAGGAAAUUGCAUAAUUAUCAAAUCACAAAAACACCAGUGUAAUAAUCCCAUGAAUUGCCCGAAAGUAACCUCCUGAAAUUGCAUCAGAUGCAGAUGUAGAAAUUGUGUGUUUGUGGAAUUUGCUUUCUAAACCCAUCUACCCUCAGUGUACUGCCCUUUUUUAGGGUUAUCAUGACAAACAAGACUCUAGUGACAUUUAGUUAUCAUUUAAUAGGUCAACCUGAUAAGUAAAUAACCUGGAAUUACAGGAUUGGGCUAGUUUGAGCUGCUGUAUCUGCGUAUUUCACUCUUUAAAGGGCUAUGCCCCUUUUGCACUUACAUAAAUAUUAAGCAAUGGUCAGUUUCACUCUAAGAUAUAAAAGAAAACACUUAAGCUUAA